GACUAACCAUUGGUGCUGCCUGCAGCCUGGCCCAGGUGAAGGACAUCUUGGCUGAGAGCAUCUCUGAACUCCCAGAGGAGAAAACUCAGACAUACCGGGCCCUUCUGAAGCACCUGCGGAGUCUGGCAGGCCAGCAAAUCCGGAAUAUGGCGUCCUUAGGGGGUCAUAUUAUAAGCCGGCAUUGCUAUUCGGACCUGAAUCCAAUUCUUGCUGUGGGCAAUGCCACUCUCAAUCUGCUGUCAGAAGAAGGUACACGGCAGAUUCCUCUCAACGAACACUUUCUUGCUGGAUUGGCAAGCGCAGGCCUUAAGCCAGAGGAGAUUUUGGAAUCUGUGUAUAUCCCUCACUCUCGAAAGUGGGAAUUUGUGUUCGCCUUCCGUCAGGCUCAGUGCCUGCAAAAUGCCUUGCCCGAUGUCAAUGCUGGCAUGCGAGUCCUGUUCAAAGAAGGCACAGAUACCAUUGAGGACCUGAGCAUUGCCUACGGAGGUGUAGGGACUGCUACAGUCAGUGCACAUAAAUCCUGCCAGCAGCUCCUCGGCAGGCACUGGAAUGAGCUGAUGCUGGACGAGGCUUGCAGGUUGGUUCUGGAUGAAGUCUCCCUCCCAGGCUCAGCUCCGGGUGGCAAGGUGGAGUUCAAGAGGACUCUAGUAGUCAGCUUCCUCUUCAAGUUCUACCUAAAGGUUUUGAAGGAACUGAAGAUCCUAGUAAAACAGUUCUCUGGCAGCAGUCGUUAUCCGGAAAUUUCAGAUGGGUUCCUAAGUGCUCUGGAAGAUUUCCCAGUCACAAUACCCCAGGGAGUCCAAACAUACCAGAAAGUGGAUUCUCACCAACCUCUUCGAGAUCCAGUUGGACGCCCCAUCAUGCACCUGUCAGGUCUUAAACAUGCCACGGGGGAAGCCAUAUUUUGUGAUGACAUUCCCAGGGUGGAUAAAGAACUUUUCAUGGCUUUGGUGACCAGUACCAGGGCUCAUGCAAAAAUUAUAUCAAUAGAUUUCUCUGAGGCCCUUGAACUACCUGAGGUGGUUGAUGUGAUAACAGCUAAAGACAUUCCAGGCACCAAUGGUGGUGAAGAUGACAAAUUGUUGGCUGUAGAUGAGGUACUUUGCGUGGGCCAGGUUAUCUGUGCUGUAGUUGCAGAGACAGAUAUACAAGCAAAGCAGGCAAUUGAAAAGAUAAAGAUUACCUAUGAGGAUCUGGAACCUGUAAUCUUCACCAUAGAGGAUGCCAUAAAACACAAUUCAUUCCUAUGCCCUGAAAAAAAACUUGAGCAAGGAAACAUUAAGGAGGCAUUUGAAAAAGUGGAUCAAAUUGUUGAAGGAGAGGUCCACGUUGGAGGACAGGAACACUUUUACAUGGAAACACAAAGAGUGCUUGUUAUUCCAAAGACAGAGGACAAAGAACUGGACAUUUAUGUGUCCACACAGGAUCCAGCCCACGUGCAGAAAACAGUGUCCUCUACUCUAAACAUCCCCAUCAACAGGAUCACCUGCCAUGUCAAACGAGUGGGUGGAGGUUUUGGAGGGAAGGUGGGAAGGCCAUCUGUGUUUGGGGCAAUUGCAGCAGUGGGUGCUGUCAAAACUGGCCAUCCCAUUCGUCUUGUUCUUGAUCGUGAAGAUGACAUGUUAAUAACUGGAGGGAGGCACCCGUUAUUUGGAAAAUAUAAAGUGGGAUUCAUGAACAAUGGGCGGAUCAAAGCUCUAGACAUUGAGUGCUAUAUUAACGGAGGAUGCACACUGGAUGACUCAGAGCUGGUAACAGAAUUUCUUAUACUAAAGCUGGAAAAUGCAUAUAAAAUCCGCAACCUCAGAUUCCGGGGCCGUGCAUGCAUGACAAAUUUGCCAUCCAAUACAGCUUUUCGUGGGUUUGGCUUCCCACAAGGAACCUUGGUGACAGAAUCUUGCAUCACAGCUGUAGCAGCCAAAUGUGGCCUCCCGCCAGAAAUGAUUAGGGAGAAAAACAUGUAUAAAACAGUUGAUAAAACCAUCUACAAACAAGCAUUCAGCCCUGAGACCCUGAUAAGAUGUUGGAACGAAUGUCUGGAAAGGUCUUCCUUUUACAGCAGAAGAAUGCAAGUGGAAGAGUUCAACAAGAAGAACUACUGGAAGAAGAAAGGCAUUGCUAUUAUCCCCAUGAAGUUCUCUGUGGGCUUUGCUGCAACAAGCUUUCAUCAGGCAGCUGCACUUGUUCAUAUCUACACAGAUGGGUCUGUAUUGGUCACACAUGGAGGCAACGAACUGGGACAAGGGAUUCAUACCAAAAUGCUGCAGGUGGCCAGCCGUGAAUUAAAAGUCCCCAUGUCUUAUCUGCACAUCUGUGAAACAAGCACAGCAACGGUGCCUAAUACAAUUGCAACAGCAGCGUCCAUCGGUGCAGAUGUCAAUGGCAGAGCUGUGCAGAAUGCUUGUCAGAUCCUUCUGAAACGCCUUGAGCCAAUCAUUAAGAAAAAUCCAGAAGGCACAUGGGAAAACUGGAUAGAAGCAGCCUUUGAGCAAAGAAUCAGUCUCUCAGCCACUGGAUACUUCAGAGGCUACAAGGCCUUCAUGGACUGGGAGAAGGGGGAGGGAGACCCAUUUCCAUACUAUGUUUAUGGAGUUGCCUGUUCUGAAGUUGAAAUUGAUUGCCUGACUGGUGCUCACAAGAAAACCAGGACGGACAUUGUCAUGGAUGCCUGUUGCAGCCUAAAUCCGGCCAUUGAUAUUGGGCAGAUUGAAGGUGCGUUUAUUCAGGGAAUGGGCCUUUAUACAACUGAAGAGCUGCAGUAUUCUCCAGAAGGUGUCCUGUACUCACGGAGCUCAGAUGAGUACAAAAUUCCAACCAUCACGGAUGUCCCAGAGGAGUUCAAUGUCUCCCUCUUGCCAUCAUCACAAACCCCACUGACCAUCUAUUCCUCCAAGGGCCUCGGGGAGUCUGGAAUGUUCCUGGGGUCAUCUGUGUUCUUUGCCAUCAUGGAUGCAGUGGCUGCAGCGCGCAGAGAAAGAGAUGCAGCUGAGGACUUCACGGUGAAGAGCCCAGCCACGCCAGAACAAGUUCGAAUGGCUUGUGCCGAUCGGUUCACAGAAAUGGUGUUACAGUUUUUCAAGUGA